GAGGAGCCUGCCAGGUAGUUGAUUUUUGAUGAUGGACCAUUUGGUAUAUAUCCAGUUCCUGGGUAUGAUGUCCAUCUAACUGACAAGAUUGUAAGUCCAUAAGGCCAUGAGAACUUGUUUGUCAUAUCUAAGCUGAUUGCGUGCCUAGAAAAGAGAAGGACUGUGAGAGUGUUUUCUUAUUUUUUUACAUGGACCCAAGUGUAAGAAAGACAACCGAUGUCUAUCCUGCUUUUGGUUUGUUUUUUGCUUUUCCUGAGCAACACCAACAUAGGCCAAACCACAGCAUUACAAUUAUGGACACCAUGUACAGACCUUCGCCCCUUGGACAUGUUAUCAGAAAUAAUCUCCCCCAGCAAGUCCUUCACUAAACUGAGAAUGGUGCAGUCUAGUGGUGCGCGUGGAUUUCGCCUCUAUCCUUCACCACAUGCCCUCAGCUUCCCUUCAACUAGACUCUUCCACAGCUGCCACCUUUUCCCUGAGGAGUUCUCUAUUGUUGUUACUUUGAAGACUCCAAGUAUUCCAUCCAAGAAAAACGAGUACCUGUUCACCAUGAUCACAGAAAGUAAUAAACAUCUUCUCCUUGGAAUCAGAUACUCUGAAAACAAGCUCCAUUUUAUGUUCUCAAACCCUGACCUCUCCCAUGGAUUGCAGACCAAAGCCACAUUCAGAGGCGUUUUGUUGGCUGAUAACCAUUGGCAUACAUUAGUCCUAGCGGUGUCUGGGAGAUCCCUGUCUCUCACAGUUGAUUGCAGUCUUCCUCUUGAAAUAGUCCUGGAUAAACCAUUUCCUGUAUCAUUAAACACCAGUGGUUCCUCAAUAUAUGUGGGAAGCAGAAGACGUCGGAAGGGCUUUUUCUCAGGCCUGUUGAGACAGCUUGUUCUCCUGCCAGGAUCAGAUGCAGUGUCUACAAUAUGUCCAAACACAAGACCAAGGCUUGCAGAGCUGUCAGUUCCAGAGGUGCUGAAGGAGCUACCAUUGAAAAUGCAGAAUGCUGGACCACAUCUCACGUAUCCAUAUGAAGCUGAAAUGAAGGUAACUUUGGGCCUACAUCCUCCUUGCACAGACAGUGAAAUGUCUCAGUUUUGGAUAGAUACAUCCCUCAAAGGUCUCUUCAUCUGUAAUGGGGUCAAGUGGAUCCCAGUGCUUCAACGAAAGGACAGGCUGGACUACGUGGAGGAAUAUCAGAAUUUGGCCACUGACUCUGAGACUAUGGGACUGGAAAUCUUCUUGAUCCCAAACAUGGGCCAUUUUGCUGUGAUGGCCAACAGGAAUAAUCAGCCUGGAUCAGUUCUUUACAGAUGGAUUGAUGGAAAGUUUAAAGUUCAUCAGUACUUUAUAACCAAUGAAGCCCAAGCCUGGAAACACUUUACAAUAGGAAAAAGGAUUUUCUUAGCUUUAGCCAAUUUUGAGAGGAAUGAUAAAGGGGAAGAGUUUUCAGUCAUUUACAAAUGGAAUCCCAAGAAGAUGAAGUUUUUACAGUAUCAGAAGAUAAGAACAUACAGUGCUCGUGAUUGGGAGGCUUUCCACAUAGACGGAGACACUUUCCUUGUUGUUGCUAACCACCGAGAAGACAAUAACCACAACAUUAACAGUGUUAUUUAUAAGUGGAAUGCAGUCAGUGGACUUUUUGAGAUUAACCAGACCAUACCUACCUCUGGAGCCUAUGACUGGGAAUUCUUCAUUAUAGGACCCUAUCCGUUCCUUGUUGUUGCAAACACUUUUAAUGGCACAUCAACCAAUAUCAAUUCCCAUAUCUACGUUUGGUUAGGAGGUGCCUUCAGACUGUUCCAGUCCAUAACAACAUUUGGCGCUUCUGACUGGGAGUUUUUCCGAAUUCAGGGCCGUUUUUUUCUUGCUGUUGCCAACAGUCACAGUUACGAUGUAGGGACACAGGAGCUCAAAAAUUUGUAUGUCAUCAAUUCAACAAUUUACGAGCUAAACAUCACUGGACAGUUGUUUGUGAAGUUCCAGGAUAUCCUCACUUACAGUGCAGUGGACUGGGAAUUCUUCACAGUUGGCGAGGACUACUUCUUGGUUGUGGCAAAUUCCUUUGAUGGCAGCUCAUUCUCUGUCAACAGUGUUAUAUACAGGUGGCAAGGAUAUGAGGGAUUUGUGGCUGCCCACUAUCUUCCCACCUAUGGCUGCCGAGACUGGGAGGCUUUCAAUACCAGCACUGGUUCGUAUUUAAUGUAUUCCAGUGCUAAAGAACCUACCUCCAGAGUGCUUAAACUGAAGACGUUCUGAAAACACAAAUAUCUGUAAUCAUUGGAAAUCUACCCAUCAUUGUGUUAUUUUAGACACUUGUAAUGCAAUGGAUUAUGCCUUAUUUUUUUGUUAAAAAAACAAGUAGGGAAAUCAAUAGAAUUUGCUUGUACAGCAUAUGGAGGUAAGGGACUUCAUUACCCAUCUAAACCUCAAUUAGUGUUAAAGUAGUUGAAAAUAUAUGGUUUGCAAUUCAACAUCCGGACUACUACCAUAAUUGCGGUCACAAAAAGCUCCAUUGUAAUCAAUAGAAACAAACUUCUACUAAGAGCAAAAAAUGGAAGCCACUAUCCUACUCCUACGCUUAAUUAUAUCCCACUGAUUUAGAUAUUUGACACGUCAAUACAAUUACAUUAUUUUAUUUAGAAUGCACAGAUAUCUUUG